AUGAAGAGAAAGACUUUAGAAGAAGUUGGACUAGUUGGAGGAUUGGUCGGAUCUCAGGUGAUUUACGCCGGAAACUCGGAGCUACUGAGUCACUUGUUGUCUCUUGGCGUCGACCCACUUCUUAUCUCUAUCUUCUCCACAUUCGUAUCAUUUCUUCUCAUCACUCCUCUUGCACUUCUCUUUGAAAGGAAACUGUGGCCAAGAAGUAUAAGUUUCAAGUUAAAGACAAAACUUGUUUUGGUUUCUCUUGUUGGAGUGACUCUGUUCCAGUGGUUAUUCUUAGAAGGAAUAAAAAAAACUUCUGCAUCAAUGGCAACAGCUAUGCCUAAUCUCGCUCCUGCUUUCAUUUUUGUCACAGCUUGGGCUGUUGGGAUGGAGAAAGUGAAGCUAAGUUGUAUGUACAGUAGAGUUAAGAUGGGAGGAACAGUGUUGUGUGUGAUGGGAGCUUUCAUUAUGAGCUUAAUGCACAGUACUACUUCCACUUCUGGCUCGGUGAAGAAGUCUAUGCCUAUUGUCUCUGACGACGUCGUUUUGGACAAGGAUAAAGUCUUUGGUUGCCUCUAUCUUCUACUUGCCAUCUGUUGCUUGUCCUCUAGUGUUGUCCUCCAGGCAUCCAUACUAGACGAGUUUCCCGCGCCUGUAUCUAUGUUUUCAAUGGUGUUUUUUAUCGGUGGGAUUGGCACCACGGCUUUGCAGUAUGCUCUUAAUGGGAAUAUGGAAAUAGGAAGUGCAUCAGUAAUUGGUUUUGGCUACCUUGUGGGAUACGCAAUACUGGGAGGUUUGGUGGCUGGAGGAGGGUUAAGCUUCAAUGCAUGGGUGAUUAAGAAGAAAGGACCAGUGAUUGUGUCUCUCUUUAGUCCAAUUGCAACUGUGGUUUGUGUUGCUGUCUCUGCUUUCUCUACGGCAGAGAGUUUCAACUUCGGAAGCUUUGCGGGAAUGGCGUUGAUGUUCGGAGGACUUUACUUUGUUCUGUGGGCUAAAGGGAAAGAGGAAUGUAGAGAAGGAGAUGAACAGAAAGAAAACGAAGAAGAAAGUGUGCUUAUCACAGAGUUUGAUAUUGAGAAGCCUCUCUUGCGUUAA